UCGCCUCCUGAACUUCCGACCUAAAUAACACUUGAAAAAUGCUCUCCAUUCUCUUCUUGUGGCCCACCUGGCGGUACCUAAUAUUCUUGUUCUCGAUCCACACAAGCACUCUUUAAAUACUCACAGGUGCAUUUACCCAGCUCAUCAAAAUCUGAUCUUUUGAAGAGCUUCAGUCCACAGUCAGCACAGAUCGCAUAAAGGUUUCAGCUUCUGCAGUUUAUGCUACAUACCUACCUACCUGUACAAGACAGAGAGAAACCAAGAUCAUAUACUGCGAUGGCACAUGCUCUGCAAUCGGCAACCAUAACAGUGCAUGCCCUGGCAAGCCCAAGCACAGAGUAUAUAACCGGCCCCAAGAUCCCCAAAUCCAGAUUUUGCUACAGGCUUUCUCACCCCACAAGAAAUCAUGCUAUCAUCCGCGCAUCAGUGUCGGAAAAAGUAUCUCAAACGGAAGCACCCGUGAAGCUCGUUAAGGAGAUCCCCGGAACGUACGGACUUCCCCUGUUUGGAGUGAUCCGCGAUCGGCAGGACUUCUUCAAUGGCAGAGAAGAGUUUUUCAAGAGCCGUAAGGACAAAUACCAGAGCACAGUGUAUCGGGUCAACAUGCCGCCGGGCGGGCCCUUUUUCCCAGACCCGCGGGUCAUCAUGCUCCUGGACGCCAAGAGCUUCCCGGUGCUCUUCGACACCAGCAGGGUCGAAAAGAGGGAUCUGUUCACCGGAACCUACAUGCCCAGCCCGGACUACACCGGCGGGUACAGGACUCUUUCCUACCUGGAUCCCUCGGAGGAGAACCAUGGCAAGCUCAAGAGCUUCUGCUUCGAGGUACUGAUGAUGAACCGCGACCGGUGGAUCCCGGAGUUCAACCGGGCGACUCAGGAACUGUGGCAGACCCUGGAGAAGAACCUUGCGGAGAAUGGGCGGGCGGUGUUCAAUGACGCCUCGGAGCACAUGACCUUCAAUUUUCUCUGCAGAUCCGUCAUGGACAGAGACCCGGCGGCUCCGGGUCCGGCCAGUUUGGGUUCCGACGGGCCGUCCCUGAUGAAGAAAUGGAUCUUCUUCCAACUGGCGCCGAUCACCAGCGUUGGGCUGCCGAGGGGACUGGAGGAACUCACCAUCCACUCACUUCCACUGCCAUUCUGGCUAGUGAAGAAGGACUACGAGAAACUGCACGAAUUCUUCACCAGUCACGCCACACGGGCCCUGGACGCAGCGGAGAAAUUCGGGCUCACCCGAGACGAAGCCUCCCACAAUCUGCUCUUCAACAUCUGUUUCAACACAUGGGGUGGAAUGCUACUACUGUUCCCCUCAAUUGUCCGGCUGAUCGGGCGGGCGGGCGCACAGCUGCACAAGGACCUGGCGGAUGAAGUCCGGGCCGCGGUCCGAACACAGGGCGGUGGGCGGCUCACCAUGCGGGCUCUGGAGGCGAUGCCCCUGGUGAAAUCGACGAUCUAUGAGGUAAUGAGACUUGAGCCCCCUGUGCCGUUCCAAUACGGGAAGGCCAAGAAGGACUUUCUGCUCGAAUCCCAUGAUGAGCUUUUCAAGGUUAAGAAAGGGGAACUGCUCGGAGGGUACCAGCCCUUCGCUACAAGGGAUCCCCGGGUUUUUGAGGACCCUGAUGACUUUGUGCCCCGACGGUUCAUGGGUGAACAGGGCCAGCAGCUGCUCCGCUAUGUGCUAUGGUCCAAUGGCCCUGAAACAGAGAACCCCUCUCUCAAUAACAAGCAGUGCGCUGGCAAGGAUAUCGUGGUCAUGAUUGCUCGGCUCCUCAUUGCAGAGCUGUUUUUGCAGUACGAUUCCUUUGAUAUGGAGGUGUCCGCGGGCGCCCUUGGUUCUGCUGUGUCUUUUACUUCUCUCAAGAAGUUCGUGUCCUGAGAUUGGAAUUGUAUAGUAUAUACUCCCCUGCGAUUUUAUGUAUUCUGCUUACAGGAUUUGAAAGUGAAUGAUCGAACGAUUUCACUGCUGAAAUAGUAAAGUUUUGCUUAGGUAGGGUGUUUUUAAACGUUUAGUUUUGGAUUUUCUGUCUCCGGACUGGUUUUGUAAGAGAUUGUGAUGUAAUUUGAGGAGCAGAGUAUCUCGACUGCAUUUCAUAUCAUUGUGUACAUAUUGAAGUUCAGUUCUGUUGGUCCGUCGGGCUGUUGUUUGUGCCAGCCGGUUAACGAAUCUACUUAAAUCUUUGUAAGUCGGGGUGUUUAUCACAGUUAAACAUAAUUUCAGGCUGAAAGUUUGUAUGCAAAAUUGAAUCAAAAAGGGUAAUUUUAAUUA